AUGGCUGACACUCCGGUAAUGAACAUACCGACGGACCCAAGAGAACAGCUAAUUCUGGAUGAAUUAAUGUUGAUACGAGCCGAUUUGGACCUAUUGAAGAGAGACCGAACUACAUAUAUCAAGUCUUCGACAGUUGUUCCUCUAUAUGAUAAGAUUGUGGAGCAAGUACAAAAAUUGAAUGCCGUCCGAGAAGACCGGCCUCAUGAGCAGAACAGAGUCGACCGUGUACUAGAUGGCUGCUUCCAACUAUUAUCCUUAUUCUUUAUGACUAUUGGGAAAAACAACGAGGCACCGGCAGCAUACGCCUUGACGUCCACCAUCAAGAGGCUGCUUGAUCACCUCACCGAAACCAAACUCUACUCCGCGAAAGACCUCGACCAUGUGGCGCAAACUCUCGAAUCACUCGAUAAUAUAAUCCAGAAUUCCGAGGGCGUCCAUUCUGAUCGCUUAGUUACUUUACUUGGAAACCGAACGUCGCUCUGUCGAGAAGCAUGUAGCAGCCUCCAAGAGAGGCUCAAGCGCCUCGACCCGGGUUUGGCUGAGAUACACCAAAAGUGUAUUUCCAUCCUGCGAUGCAUCUCGCUCGCCAACACAAAAUCUAAGUUCUCGAACUCGGAAGUAAAGAAGUUUAAAGAUCAGUUGGAAGAGAUUAAGGCACAGCAGGUAGAUGGGCAUUUCGUGAUUACACCAAACGAGAUUCCGGCAGGAGACGCCGAGAUCAAUGAACUCCUCACGCGGAUUUUAGAAUGGGCGGACGUGGUUAUGGAACAUAAGGGCGUGAUACCCGAGAACUUCAAGCCGACCUACGACAUUUUAGUCAAUAUCCGUAACGAACUGGAGAAGCUCUCUCUGACCCAAGCAUGGUCAUUGCGAGAAACCGAUCUCUAUGACUACCAACGCCAACUAGAUCGGAUUGAUGAAGCACGAGUCAAUGGAAACUUCCUUGAUAGUGGAGGCAAACCAGCAGAAUUAUAUGUGCAGCGAACAUUACUGUACCUGAUCCGCAGGAGUUAUGGUUACAUAUAUUACCUAAUGGUGUCUUCGGAGCCGGUCUCAGAAGCUCUCCAACCUAUAUACAAUCAACUCCAAACACUUAGGCGAUGUUUGGUUGAGGUUAGGGAAAUGGGAGGUGUGAGCUCGCCCCGAGAGCUGUAUCCCUACAGUAUGAAGUUAAACUCCAUUGAUAACAUGAAGGUUGAUGGCAAAUUCACGAUCAACGGAGAUAUCCCAGAGGGCCAAGCCAGUGUCAACGAACUUCUAGCUGAAUGCUUUGAUAUUGCGUAUGAAUUGCGGAUUGCUGCAGAGUCUGAGGAAAGCGGAUGA